UUCAGAUGAGGGUAACGAUACCAAUAUUGCUGGCCCUCAGCGCUCUGGCACUCGGAAAAAUAGAAAGAGUGCCCAUGCCUGCGAAUAUGUGCAAGAUUUACAGAAACCUUGGUACGGAGUAUAAAAAAACAGGAAACACGAAAACGCAGCAUGAAAUACAGGACCUAGGGCUUAAGCAAUAUCUUUGGGAAACCGAUCGUACCCGACCGUCCAAGAAAAUUCCCGACGCCACAGUGAAAUACAUCGAAAGUUUAGACAGAGAGAUUUACAAUGCAGCCAGCCAGCAAGGUAGAAAAAAGAGGCAAGCUGGGUGGUACCGUGGCGAACGGAAGGAAAUUCGAAUGCUUAGUGAUGAAGAGAGGCGGGCAGUUUUUAAUUGCUUUAACACACUUAAACAAACUAAGACAUUAGAGCCCAAUGUAUACGAUGCUUUAGCUAGUGUUCAUCACGGUGCAACUACUCCAGUAGCUCGUUUUGGUUGUGGCUUCCUUGGAUUCCACAGAAUUUAUCUCCUAAGAUUAGAGUUGGCGAUGAGGCAAUACUGUGGCCCCACGAUAACUAUUCCGUACUGGGCAACUACACUGGACGACCCACUUCAAGACCCUGCUUUAUCCGUUGUAUGGUCUCCCGAGUUCUUUGGAAAUGCUUACAAUUUCGUGGAAACAGGGCCAUUCGCCAACUGGACAGACCGCUCAGGAAGAAGAAUAUCUCGUAACCUGAAUAACAUUGGGUCCCUCAUCAACGAAAGAGACAUUGAACAAGUGAUUGAACGAAACAAACAUUAUCAUGACAUUUUUUACCGCCCGGAAAAUCCAUCUGCAGCAAAUUUAGUAAAUACCAUAGAAGGGAUUCAGAACAAUCCCCACGGGUUUGUGGGAGGAACUAUGAAUCGAAUGAAUAUUGCAUCAUAUGAUCCACUUUUCUUUUUCUAUCACGCAUUCGUCGACUAUAUAUUUGAAAAGGCUAGAGAGAGUUUUAGGAACAGAGGCUUUAACCCUGCAAACGAUUACCCAGAAUGCGUAGGCGAUCAUGCAGCCCAGUCUCCAAUGGCCAGCUAUACAUUCUUUAGAAACAUCGAUGGUCUGAAUGACAUCUGGACUAAUCAGUACUUUUAUUAUACCGAUCCACCAACUUGUUCAGCACUAAAUAGAGACUGUGGGUCAAAAUACCUUGUAUGCAGAAACACGAGAGGACAAUGGAAAUGUCAGUCUAGAGUAACUAACUCUGUAUUUGAUGUUUCUCCAGAGAUACGUAUGGCAUCUUAUGCAUUGAAUGAGCAACUUCCUGGUCAGAGAUUUCAAGUAACUAGAGGUAACGUUAACACCGGAUUAACUGGUAACAUUAACACCGGAUUAACUGGUAGCAUUAACACCGGAUUAACUGGUCCAACGGAUCAACUUGGAGGAACAGUUCAACAAAAUCCUUGGAACUUAGCUGGUCCCAAAGUAGAACUGCCUGUUUCUCCUCCUCAAACAUCUGGUGCUAGUCCGUUUACAGAAUCACAAAUGGGAACAAAUGUUGCCCAGCAAUUUGGUGCUGGUGGCAAUACAUUGUCACAACAGGCACAACCUGAUCCCCUUCCUAGACAAAUUGGAAUUGGCCAACCGCAAAAUAUCCCUGGUUUUCAAACCUCUGUAUUAAGUGAAACAGGUACCUCUCAAUUUGGUAGUCAAAUGGUACACUCACUGCCAGUUCAACCAUCUCCAGUACAAUCACUAUCAGUGCAAUUACCAGUACAGUCACAACCACCACAAGGAAAUUUGCACACAGGUGUGCACUCUGCUUUUAACCCUUUUGAUCCAAAAAAUCAGCAACAAGGAAUGAAUGGUGCUGGCAAUGGCAAUAUGGAAUUACCUGUAAUGGGUAGUCCAGGUGGUGGAAUGGAACUUCCAGUGAUGAAUCCUGUUGUGGAUCCUGUGAAUACAUUUGAACCCAUUGGAAAUCCAAUGGAGCAAAUAGGUCCUAAUCCACAGGUAUCUGGUCCAGAAUUACAAGUUAGGAAUCCACAAACAGUUGCACAAUCUCCACCUGUUGUCAAUCCCGCUCCAGCAAAAUCACCUGUGGAUAUAGGUCCAAAACCCAUUCCAAUUACACCACCUCCUAAACCAACAAAUCCACCUCAACCUGUUCAGCCCCUAGAACCUCGACCCCAGCCACCUUCCAUCAUCUCUAAUCUAAAUCUACCUGGCAAUCAACAAGGAGGAAGUGGUAAUUUCUUCAGCUGGCGAACACAACCUCAAAAUUCAUUCAGUAUGAGAAGACAGAAACGCAGUGUAAAGCAAGAUUUGCCCUUGCCACUUGACAAUGAAAGGACUUCAUGGGUACACCAACUGGCCUAUCCAAUUCAAAAUACCUUUGAAAUUGAUGGAGUUGCCGAUUCCUCCAAAUGGCUUUACGUGCCAGUAAGUGUUACAGUUGUAAGGUCACCAAAUCGUACAUUUGAGAUUCAUGGAUAUGAAAACAGUAUGAAUUCUCCAUAUGAUAUCUAUGAUCCAAUACAGUCUAGACAAUUUCAAAGAAGACUGACCACGCAAGCACUACCAAAGCGAUCACAUUCAUCAAUAAGUGGUUCUGGUGCUUCCCAGAUUUAUUUGAAGUCUGAUGGCUUGUCUUAUGAUGGUACCUACAUGGACUACGUAAUUGUUGAUGAACGUUUGCCAAUAUCAGAGUACACAGGGUUUGUGGCAAUAAAAGACCCAAAGUAUGGAAAAUCUGACACACAUGUUUCUGUAUUUGACUCACUAGGACAAAUUUGUAAACCAAGAUGUGCAACUUCUAAAUCAAGAUCCAACCCCAAAUAUCGCCCCUGUUCAGGAGUUAUUGAAGCUGUCACUUCUUCUCCAGAUAUGGCUUACAAGAGCAUUCCAGAAGCAAUAAUGGACAUGUGGGCCGUCAGAGAUCCAUAUCCUCCUCGCAUGUACAGACCAACAUACCUUGAAUUCCUUUGUGACAGUACAAACACUCUUUACUGGGAAGGCUGUCAGAAUGACAGAUAUCAAUAAUAAUGAAAACAAAUUGUGAACUUUUAUAUUAAUAUUAUUAUAAAAACAAUUGAUUGUGGUAAUUUAAAUUAUAUUACUGUAAACGUACAUAAAUUAGCGCACUCAAAAUUUUGUGCAAUCUUCCUUAUCAGUUGAUUACAGCAAUCAUGAAUUAGCGUAUUUAGAGCCAGGGUUCUUCGUGUAUUUGUUUAAAUCAUUAUAUUAGUGUGUACUUGAAUAACCAGACAAGGUGCUAAGAUAUGAUUACUGCUAAAAUAAGUACGUUUACAAUAAUUGGAAAAAACUCCUGGAGAUUCUAAUUACAAUAAUUUAAGAUAUCACAACAUUUUUGACAAUCUUUGAAAGUCAUGAUUAGGACUCAAAACAGCACUUUUUUGUGUUCAUUCCUGAGCUGCAGUGUCUGGCAGUUUCAAAGGAGUUUUGUCAGCAUCCUCUUGUGAAAACGAAUGGGGUUCUACUGCUCAUACAUAAUGGCAAUAAACAUUUGUAUAAACUA